AUGGCGCCGAGUGAAGUUUCAACAGAUGAUGAAGCUGAAAAAAACGCUAAAACUUGCAAUACAGAAUUUACGAGUGCCUGUAAAAAGUGCUCUAGAGAUACCAAGAGUAAAGUGUACUGUGUAGAAUGUGGUGCUUUAUAUCACCCAGCCUGUGCUGUCUGGGAAAAAGGAUUGAAAGUUAUGGGUAAUAAUUUGCUUAUGUGCUCAGAAUGCUAUGUUGCCUCCAAGCCCGCGGACAUGGAAGAAUACCAAAUCGUAGUGAAUAAAAAUCAAGAAUUGGAAAAUACAGAUGAGGUACAUCAACUUUUGGCCCGGAUUCAACUAUACUCAGAAGAAAACACGUGGCUUCAUGAUAAAAUAAGCAUCCUGGAAACCAGAAUUAUUGAUUUAGAAGAAAACGCCGAAGAAAAUUCAGCAACUGAUGUUAUUCAUGAGAUCCUCGGAAAGAUUGGAAUUAUAGAAUCAAAGUUAGAUAAUUCCUGCUUUUAUACCUGGUACAAAAAAACAGUCCUUUGCCGAAGUAGCAAAACAUAA